AUGGAGAGGACGUCUGGGCCACCCGAGGGCAGUGGCAGAGAGUCAGGAAACAGGGUCCCCAGGAGCUUCCCCUGCUUCAAGCCGGACAAAUGGGGCGACCGCGACCCCCAGGAGACCCCUUCAACGUUCCGAGUUGUCUGUCCAAACGUGCGCUCGGGUUUCCCAAGGGCUUUGCGGACGGUCCCGGAUUCGAGGAGCCCCCGCCGGGCCGCUGAUACCCACCUGUGCCGGUGCCGCGAGGGCCGGGCUCGGCGUGCGCGGCCGAUUAUCACAGGUGUGCGUUUCGCGAGCUUCCCCCGACAGCUGCAGGACGACGCAGGCACCGGACCCGUCUCUCCAGUUCCAGAGACGGUCCAGCCCGAGUUUCCCUUUUGUCUGCGGCUCGCCCCGAGCUCACAGGAGCAAGGGCUGAGCCACCGUUCCCCACCGACACGCCCCGACCGACCCGCCGGCGGGCGCCCACUUACCCGGGCCGAGGGCGCCGCUCACGCUCGGGCUUUGUCUCCGGGGCGGUGCUCGCGCGGGGCGGCCAGACCGAGUGGCAUCGCCCCUCAAGCCCGGGGCCGGCUCCGCUCCGGGACUGCCGCACCUCGAUACAGACCCGCUAGCGGUGGAAACGCGCGCCCCGCGCCGCCCCUCCUCCGCCCGCGGGGUCUCCGCGCCGCGUCACCGGCCCCGCCCGCCCCGCGCCUCCCGGCCCGGGCGGGGGAAAGACCACGUGAGGCCGAGCCCCGGCCCCGCUGGAGCGUGCAGUCCUCGGACAGCAAGCACUCUGCUCGGCACCCCAGGCCGGGCUCCGGGCGCGCGGCCAGCCCCGGCCCCCGCAGAGCGCGGACCCCCGGCCCCGGCCUCCUCGCGUCCGCGUUUUGUCUCCCCCACUCCACGGCAGGGUCUCGCCGGGCGCCCGGGAGGGGCCGGGAAAUCCCGCCCGCCGCCGUCGACGUCACUGAUGCGUCACCGGGGCUCCCGCACCGGGGCUCCGCGCCCUCCGCGCGCCCCCCGGGCCCGCUGCCCGACCCCGCGCUCAGUUCCGCGCGCUCCCGGCUCGGCCCCGCGCCCCCCGUCUGGCCCGGCUCUCCACUCGGAGCGCGCGUCGCCCAGGGGCUGGGGGAAGGGAGAGAAGCCGAGGCGUUUCCUUCACUGGACAUCUGCUCGCUGAUGGUCCUCAGUCCUUGGCAGAUGGACGGCGUGGAGCACAUCUGA